UAGAAGCAGCACGAAAAUGGUUUCUUGAUCCCCAAAUCCAAAUCAAAAGCUUGCCCAGAAAAAGCAGGAAUCUUCUCCCUCACAAUUCCCAACACCCACUUGUCGUAAAACCCCUCUUCUGAUUUACAGUGGCAGUAUUUCUUCUUCUUGCCCAAUUGUUCUUCAGUAAAAUUACCAAGAUUUUAAAUCCCACUUUUGACCCUUUUCCCGAUUGAUUCCUUCCGGGCAUCCGAAUCCCUUGUCGUUUAUAGCAGAAUGCUCCAAACGUGAAACUCCAACUCAAAACCAAGAAAAUGAUUGUUCCCACCUCAUUCAUGUCCCCCUCUUGCAUCGACUCAAGUUUUCCCCUCUUUCAUUGAGGAAUUUCACCAUACAAUUUCCUUCCUUCUGCCGCCCGCCGCCAUUGAUUCAUGGCCUAUCCCCGGCGGCGAAAUCACCACCUCAAUCGGCUAUUCCCUGUUGUCUCCGUCAUUUCCGCCGCCAUAUUUCUCCUCUUUGUUUACAUCUCUUUCCUUGCGCCUUCGCCCGUCGAGAACGAUCACAUCCGCCACACAAGGAUAUCUAAUCCUCUUCAAUACAAGGAUGUUAGCCACGUUGAAGGGGAUGGAGCUGCGCAGAUAUUUCACAUUCCGGACAGUGGAGGAGCGCAUGAUGUCGAUCUUUGGAGUACAAAGAAUGCGGAGUUUUUCUACGGCUGCAGCAAUGCCUCUGCGAAAUUUGCAAAAGCUGCUGCUGUAAUACGGUCUAAUCGUUACUUGGCUAUUGCAACCAGUGGAGGUCUAAACCAGCAAAGAACCGGGAUCACAGAUGCGGUUGUUGCUGCGCGGAUCUUGAAUGCCACCCUUGUUGUCCCAAAGUUGGACCAGAAGUCUUUCUGGAAGGAUGUUAGCAACUUUUCAGAGAUCUUCGAUGUCGCUUGGUUUAUGUCAUAUCUCGAAAAAGAUGUAAAAAUCAUUAAGGAACUCCCACAAAGAAGAGGUCAGCCGUGGAAUCCUUAUACGAUGCGUGUUCCCAGAAAAUGCAAUGAACAUUGCUAUAUUAGUCGGUUAUUACCUGUACUGACAAAGAAGCGUGCUGUUCAGUUGACCAAAUUUGACUAUAGACUUUCUAAUAAACUGGACCUAGAUCUGCAAAGGCUUAGAUGCAGAGUUAACUAUCAUGCCCUGAGGUUCACCAAGCCGAUCCUUGAAAUGGGUGCAGAACUGGUGCGAAGAAUGAGGAUGAAGAGCAAGCAUUACAUUGCCCUCCAUCUAAGGUUUGAACCUGACAUGCUUGCAUUCUCAGGAUGUUAUUACGGUGGAGGAGACAAAGAGAGGAAGGAUUUGGCAAAAAUCAGGCGGAGGUGGAAAACUUUGCACACUCCUAAUCCAGAGAGAGAGAGAAGGCAGGGAAGGUGCCCUCUUACUCCUGAGGAAGUCGGCCUUCUUCUAAGAGCACUUGGAUACGACAGAGAGACACAUAUUUUUGUAGCUUCGGGAGAAGUAUAUGGAGGGGAAACAACAUUGGCCCCUUUAAAGGCUCUUUUCCCAAAUUUCUAUUCAAAAGAUAUCCUAGCAAACAAGGAAGAAUUGGAACCCUUUUCUGGGUUUUCUUCUCGAAUGGCUGCUCUAGAUUUUAUAGUAUGUGAUGAAAGUAAUGUAUUUGUCACAAAUAACAACGGGAACAUGGCCAAAAUACUGGCAGGGCGAAGGAGAUAUUUUGGGCACAAGCCUACUAUCCGUCCCAAUUCUAAAAAAUUGUACAGGCUGUUUGACGGGCGAAAUAAUAUGACUUGGGAAGAAUUUUCCACACGUGUUCGUACAUUUCAGAGGGGUUUUAUGGGAGCGCCUAAGGAGAUUAGACCAGGCAGGGGAGUAUUCCAUGAAAACCCUGCUUCUUGCAUCUGUGAAAAUCCUGAUACAACAAAUGUUGUUUCAGUUAAAAGGCCGGGUAAGGUUUCUUCUCCAGGCAAAAGAGAUGUGGGUUUACUAAAUGAUUAUUCAAAUGUGGGUGAUGAUCUAGAAUGGUCUGAACCUGAAGACGAAGAGGAUAUUAAAAGUCGGCAGGGACACAAUGUGUAUAAUGAGACAAGCCUGGAGGAUGACAGUGUGUUAUCCGAGGAGCCUGAGUUGGAUUAUUUGCUUUCAGAUUGAAUACAAUUGCUUUUGAAGUUAGAACUUAAUGGUUGCUAUAACCACUCCUGUUCAUGCAAUGAACUGCCAAAGAGCGCAUGGUUGAGCUCAGGCGGCAAGAUCUGAUAUUUGUUCAUACCGCUGCAAAACUAAUUCUUCAGGUAACUGCUACUUUUCCUUGUCUACAGCUUCAAGACUUGUAAGAAAUGUUAUCAUUUGAAGAGAACCGUGCAGUUUCUAGUUGCAUGGUUUGGCAUAUUAGAUCCAGAAUGAUAGCGGAGAACAUAGUUAGGACAACUUGAGAAACAACCAUUUUUGGACAAAUAGUGAGAUUACCAUCGUUCCGAGGCCUGUGCAUACUUCCUUUUUUUAUGAUCUACAUAGAUGUCUAAAUAGAUUUGCGCCUGCCUCGUGGGAAGUUAGAAAUUCUGUUCUCUCUUGCUGAAACCGUUCCGGAAACCUCAAGGAUUGUAUGUUACCAAGAGAAACUAGUUCCAGUUCCUUAAAUUUGGAUUGAAAUGAAUGUACCUGAUAGACAAUGUAAAUUUGUAUGAUUUUUGUUAUUAUGAAAUAUUGGUGACUGCAUAUAGAAAUGCCUGAGUUGGUUCUCUA